AACAUUCUGUGCCUCGAAUGUUCUUCGAAACAAAAAGGGAGAGGAAAAGUGAAGGCUGAAAAGGAGAACCGAGAAAGAAGGAGGGUGUGCGCGUGUAUUGUCGUCUGUCAUAAGCCGAUGUGAAUAAAUAACAAUGUCUCAGUGCUUUCGGAAUAUAUCUAACAAAUUCACAACUGUUAACUCUCUGUUAAAUACGCGUAAGCAUGUCACGCAGUUGGACAAGGAACUGCCACACCGAGUCAAACCUUCAACGUUUUUGGAGGAGUUUCUCAACACAAGAAGCAUAACGAGCAGCACAACAGAUUGUUCGAACUAUAAACUGCAGAGUUCGGCAGCAUCGUCCCUAGGCCUUUUAAAUACUUGCGAUGCAUGGCGAGAUGCGUGCGAAAGAGAGGAGGAAGUGGCAAGAAAGAGUCAGCUUCACGGAAAUUGCAAAACUCCAGUUUCCCUGAAUCCAGUAAUCUCUAGCAUGAAGCGGUACAAAAUAUCGCCGGACGAUAUCGUAGCAACUGGCAAUCGGUGGAAUGACCCAAACUCGUGGUUGGCAUAUGAAAUCGAGUCUUCAGAAAAAACUUACACCAGAUUUUCCAAUGGCAUGGCUUUGCUCAAAACCAACGAAUCCAUUCUCUCAGAGUAUGAGAAAAAAAUGAUCCUACUUGCAGACAGUAAAUUGAACUUGCAAGGAACAGAAACGCCUAAACAACAAUCUCCCAACACGGGGGGCAGCCCAAGCAAUGAACAAUUACAGCUUAUUUUUAACGCUCUUCGAGAUCAGUUACCAAAAAUAUUUUAUACUUCCUUGGACUAUUCAAUAUAUCAUCGUGACAUAGAGUUCAUCAACAACAUUAGAGGUACUGUAACUCGAGGUGUUGUACCCUAUACGAAACAAGUGAUUUUGCUAAAGACAAUGGGAAAUUUGAAAUUUGCUUCUGUCAAUUUCGACAUACUAAAAAUGACCCUCGAUCCCGAGGAUAAUUCGAUAAAAGUUCGUUGGAGGAUAAAUGGAUUUUCUGGAUUGAGAGCUUUUGUUACGUUUUGGAAAGUAAAGGUGUGGAACCUGAAGGAAACCACUGAAAACGAAAUCUGGUAUGACGGAUUCUCUACAUUUUAUGUAAAUGGUGAGGGUCUAGUUUAUAAACACGUAGCAGACAAAGUGAUGCCUGAUCGAAAUGAGACUCCAGUAACUAAAGACCCAUCUGGAGUUGCGGCAAAACUGGCUCUGUUUUUGGGUUUAUUAGUACCAGGUGAAAUGAUACCUCAAAUGUACCUCCUGAGACCUGUGUCAAGGCGAUAUGGUUCAUUACUCAGAAAGUUACGAGGAGAUACACAGUAUGUAGCAACAAAUUUAUUACCGUUAGAAAAAGUGAAAUAAUUUAUUACUGUAAUAAAAUAUUUAAAUCUCAAAUUUGUCCAAUUUUGUUCAGCCCUGAGAUGCUUCAAACUUCAAAAUAUCACUAACGGCUUGUAUGUAAUAUUGUCUAGCAUCU